GGGCGGGGGCUGGAGGCGCCGCUCUCUCUCGGGUCAGACUCUCUCCUCCCAGUUCCCAAGCUCCCGGCUCCCGGCUCCCAGCUCCCGGCUCCGGAGCCUUUCCUCCCCGCACAGCUGAGGCGGGAGGGCGGCAGGCCGUAGAGGCGGUGUCGUGAGAUCCGCUGGCCGUCCGCAGCCCCGCCGAGCCUGGAGGCCGCCCGGAUGGAGCCGCGGCUCCCGAUCGGAGCUCAGCCGGUGGCUACUGUGGAGGGUUUGGAGAUGAAGGGUCCCCUCCGGGAGCCCUGCGCCCUGACCCUAGCCCAGAGGAACGGGCAGUAUGAGUUAAUAAUCCAGUUGCAUGGGAAGGAACAGCAUGUUCAAGAUAUCAUUCCUAUAAAUAGCCACUUCAGAUGUGUUCAAGAAGCAGAAGAAACUCUUUUGAUUGAUAUUGCUUCAAACAGUGGUUGCAAAAUCCGGGUACAAGGGGACUGGACCAGAGAGCGCCGCUUUGAAAUUCCUGAUGAAGAACACUGUUUGAAGUUCCUCUCAGAGGUCUUUUCAGCUCAGGAAGCUCAGUCACAACUUCUCCUUCCUGAACAGAAAGACUCAUCCAGCUGGUACCAGAAAUUAGACACUAAAGAGAAACCUGCUUAUUCGGGGCUUCUUGGAUUUGAGGAUAACUUUUCAACUAUGAAUUUGGAUAAGAAAAUGAAUGUACAAAAUCACCCCACAGGGAUUCACCGGGAACCCCCACCCCCACCUCCUUCAGUGAACAGAAUGCUUACACGGGAAAAAGAAGCUUCAAACAAAGAACAGCCCAAAGUGACCAACACCAUGCGGAAGCUGUUCGUACCAAAUACCCAAUCUGGGCAGCGGGAGGGUCUGAUCAAACAUAUCCUGGCAAAGCGAGAAAAAGAAUAUGUCAAUAUUCAGUCUUUCAGAUUUUUUGUUGGAACUUGGAAUGUGAAUGGCCAGUCUCCAGAUAGCGGGUUAGAACCUUGGCUGAACUGUGAUCCAAAUCCUCCUGAUAUUUACUGCAUUGGAUUCCAAGAGCUAGACUUGAGCACAGAAGCCUUUUUCUACUUUGAAUCUGUAAAAGAGCAAGAAUGGUCCAUGGCUGUGGAGAGAGGUUUGCCUUCUAAAGCCAAGUACAAGAAAGUGCAACUAGUCCGCUUGGUGGGGAUGAUGCUUCUUAUAUUUGCCAGAAAGGAUCAGUGUCGGUAUAUCCGUGAUAUUGCUACAGAAACUGUUGGAACUGGAAUCAUGGGGAAAAUGGGUAACAAAGGUGGGGUGGCUGUGAGAUUUGUAUUUCAUAACACUACUUUCUGCAUCGUCAAUUCCCACCUGGCUGCCCAUGUGGAAGAGUUUGAAAGAAGAAAUCAAGAUUAUAAGGACAUCUGUGCAAGAAUGAGUUUUGAGGUCCCAAAUCAGACCCUCCCACAACUAAACAUCAUGAAGCAUGAUGUUGUCAUUUGGUUGGGAGACUUGAACUAUAGACUUUGCAUGCCUGAUGCCAAUGAGGUGAAAAGUCUUAUUAACAAGAAUGACCUUCAGAAGCUCUUGAAAUUCGACCAGUUAAACAUUCAGCGCACACAGAAAAAAGCUUUUGUUGACUUCAAUGAAGGGGAAAUCAAGUUUAUCCCUACUUAUAAGUAUGACUCUAAAACUGACCGAUGGGAUUCCAGUGGGAAAUGCCGGGUUCCAGCCUGGUGUGACCGAAUUCUUUGGAGAGGAGCAAAUAUUAAUCAACUUCAUUACCGGAGUCACAUGGAACUGAAAACCAGUGACCACAAACCUGUUAGCGCCCUAUUCCAUAUUGGGGUGAAGGUUGUGGAUGAACGGAGAUACCGGAAGGUCUUUGAAGAUAUUGUGCGCAUUAUGGACAGGAUGGAAAAUGAUUUCCUUCCUUCUUUAGAACUCAGUCAGAGGGAGUUUGUGUUUGACAACGUGAAGUUUCGGCAGCUACAAAAGGAGAAAUUCCAGAUCAGCAACAAUGGACAGGUUCCCUGCCAUUUUUCUUUCAUCCCUAAACUUAAUGACAGCCAAUACUGCAAGCCAUGGCUUCGAGCUGAACCUUUUGAGGGAUACUUGGAGCCAAAUGAGACUGUGGACAUUUCUCUUGAUGUAUAUGUCAGCAAAGACUCUGUGACCAUCCUGAACUCAGGGGAAGAUAAGAUUGAAGAUAUACUUGUCCUUCACUUGGAUAGAGGCAAAGAUUACUUCUUGACCAUCAGUGGGAAUUACCUUCCAAGUUGCUUUGGGACCUCUUUAGAGGCUUUGUGUCGAAUGAAAAGACCAAUCCGAGAAGUUCCUGUCACCAAACUCAUAGACUUGGAAGAAGACAGCUUCCUAGAAAAGGAGAAAUCCCUUCUGCAGAUGGUUCCCUUGGAUGAAGGUGCCAGUGAGCGACCCCUUCAGGUCCCCAAGGAGAUCUGGCUUCUAGUAGAUCACUUAUUCAGAUAUGCCUGUCACCAGGAGGACCUGUUCCAAACCCCUGGAAUGCAGGAGGAGUUACAGCAGAUCAUUGACUGCCUGGACACCAGCAUUCCUGAGACCAUCCCUGGCAGUAACCACUCUGUGGCUGAAGCAUUGCUCAUUUUCCUGGAAGCCCUGCCAGAGCCAGUCAUCUGUUAUGAGCUGUAUCAGCGAUGUCUAGACUCUGCUCAUGAUCCUCGGAUCUGUCGACAGGUAAUUUCCCAGCUUCCGAGAUGCCAUAGAAAUGUUUUCCGUUACUUGAUGGCAUUCCUCCGAGAACUCUUAAAAUUCUCUGACUAUAACAACGUCAGCGCCAACAUGAUCGCUACCCUCUUCACUAGCCUUCUCCUAAGGCCUCCACCAAACCUCAUGGCAAGACAGACUCCAAGUGACCGCCAGCGUGCCAUCCAGUUCCUUCUCGGCUUUCUGCUUGGAAAUGAUGAAGACUAAGUCUUUUCCUAUCUGAGACUCUAGACGAAGACUAUCUUGGGCUCCAAGUAUUUCAGAAUGAAUUGCAAGGUCAUGACACAGAAAGGGUCUAUUACAGAAUCUCAAGUUCUGUUAAUAGUACAAAAACAGAGUCUCCUAAUCCGUCCUUUACCAUAUCCUACACAGCAAAAUACUUUUAGAUAUAUAUUGCCAAGCCAAAGUUACCAUAUUUUGAUGUUUUUUGUGUUUUCUCUUUGUAAAGCAAAGAGGUCGGUAUUUACACUCCUUUACCUAGGGAUGUGUUUUUUGCCCUGCUACCUAGUUUUCAUGAUUGUCCUUAGUACCCUAGGCCUAGAUUCUGAGAUGCUCCAAUUCUCGGCCUUACAAGCACUACUUGCUGUAGCUCAGACUUGUCUCUAGUCCUUUGUGUAAUGCACUUUGGAUCCAUCCUCUCCCCAUGUCACUCCUCUACACUCUUCCACUCAGUCCAUCACUUUAAAGGAAGCCUGGAUGAGGCUAGUGACUCCUUGGGUAUCCUCAACAGUGAGCUCACUGUCUAGAUGUGAUUGUUACAUGCAUUUGUGCAUUUCUACUACAAAGGUAUCUGUGUGUCACUGUAACAUUGACCUUCUCAUGGAUCCACACUCGCUGGAACCGUAUCCUCUUGUUUCAGAUCAUGUUUAGUUACAUAACUUUAGGAACUGUGGAGAUGCCAUCCCAUUGAUGUGGGAGAAUCACAGUCGAAAGGGAACCACUUUGAGUCUUUCAGGAGUGAAAAUGUUCAUGCUUGACAAGUCCUGCUUCCUACUCUCCUUUUCCUGGUAAUAUCCAUAUUUGGCAUGAGGAGCAGUCCUAGAUGUUAGGGAACUCACCUCCCACUGGAAAUCCACUUCCAGAGUAACACUUGCAUCAUGGUCAAAAAAGGAGUCUCUGCACCUCAAGUGAGGCCCUGUGGAGCUAUUGCUCCUCCCCAGCCUGGGUACUUUAGGUUAAGCCUCACAACCGUUUUUUCUAUCUUCUGAAGAAUCAGAGGACAGACGUCACCCCCUCUCUCACAGGACUGACUCUGGGCUCCACAUCUGGCUCCUUCAAGGAAAGAAUUUAGAGACUUUUCUUGGCUCCUAAUCACAGUAUCCUGUGCUGUAUAAGAGACUGGCCAGUGGGACCAGCCACACACAUUACCUCUUCCACCUGAAAUGACCCUGCGAGCUUUGCAUUUUAGUCAAGCUUUGUGGGACAGACUUUUUUUUUUCAGUGAAUCUGUUAAUUGGCAAACAAGCCACCAGCUACUGACUGCAAAACUGCCUGGUGAAAUUGUCUUGCCUCUGGUUUUCUUUCAUUGAAACCAACCCAAGUUGACCUAUUCUUGCCUAUUAAUAUUGGAUGCAAGGAACUCAUACAGCUCUGUAUACAGUCUUGGGCACAGAUUCCAUUACUCUUCUAGCACAUCCAAGGAGAAAGGCAGGAAAUCAUCCACCAUCGAAUGGUGUUCCCAUCUCUUCAAAACUGAGUUAUUUGGAGAAGAAAAGGUAUGUAUCCUGCAAAUACUGGUUAAACACUUUCCUGGUUAGGAAUUAGAAAAUAGGAGUCAAAUUAUUGGUGCCAGCUAGCUGAAGAUCUGAUAAGUCAGAGGCCAAUUAUUGCACUUGGUUAAUGGAAGACUUUUGAACAGAAGAGUUUUGUCAUAUCCAUUAGGCCAGAAAGUAAUCACAGAAAGAGGCAGAUGAUAGGAGCUGGGGCAAUGUGGUACCACAGAGGAAUGCUUCCCCUGGUCCCAUUUUCUAAGAUCUUGCCAACUUGGGGUGUUUGGGUGACCAAGGAUGUGGUGGUUAGUAAGGGCUCUGUGCAGCAUGCAUGUAGUGUCCUUCCUUCCUCAGACCAGAGCACCAAGUUGCUUCACUGCCUCAACCUUUUAACUUUUUUCCAGCUUGGCCUGGGAUGGAGAUAUAUAUAUGGUUGAGGGUUUUAGACAAUCUCUAGGUGGUGGGGGGUACAAGACAGAUCAAGUGGAAGAAAUCUGUUUCCCUACCAUGCCUAUCCCAGCACGCCAACCUCUAAUUCCUAUUCUUCCAAGGUACUUUUUCAUAGUUCCUCUGAAUUAAGGAAGGGUUUCAGAUCCAACUGGUAAGGAAGUACUCUGCAUCUGGUGUUUUAGGGAAGAAAUGGUUCAAAUCUAUGGGGUGACAUUGCAUUAGUCUCCCUUUCACUGUUUUCUGAUUCUUAACCUGUAGUUCUUUAUUUCCGCAAAAUGUCUUGGUCACUGAGCAAAGCUGCUAGUGGGAUUCUGUAUUUUGUGUCAUCUUUUUUAUCAUAAUUUAUUGCAAUUUUUGAAUAAAUAUAUGUUGUGUGAAAAAUCAGUGUGAUAUUAGUCAGAAAAAAACUGGAGGAGAACGGGCUGGAGAGAUGGCUCAGUGGUUAAGAGCACUGAUUGUUCUUGCGGAAGA